GGCAAAGAGCAGUGUGGCGAGCGGCGGCGGCGGGGUGUCUUGAAUUUGGCAGGGGCCCGGGUGAGUGAUAUGGAAACACACUACUCGGAGCUCACCCCCUUCCUGCCCGACAUGCUCCCGUGGGGCAGCCAGCUGUGGGAACAACGGGCCGCUCCGUGGGACCACCUGAGCGGCCACCACCACCACCAUCACCACCACCACCCGGGGCUGGCGGCCGCGGGGACCCACGCCGUGUGGGAGCCCAGCCAGCGGGGGCCCUGGGACGUGAACGCGCGGCACGUGGCCGGCCUCCCGUGGGGCAGCCCCCUGUGGGACCACCCGAGACAGCCCUGGAAAAUCAAUAGCCAGGCGGACAGCUUCCCCGCCACGGUGGUGAGCGAGGGGGAGGGCGGCAGCGAGAAGACGUACACAAUCCUGGAAAUGGUGCGUGAAAACGCGAGCGGCGGGGCCAGGCGACCCCAGAUUAGUAAUGGCUCGACGCCUGGGGGAGUCGUGCAGGCGAGGCGGCCAGAUCCCUCCUCCGCCUCCUCCUCCUCCGCCGCCUCCUCCUCGCAGGCGACCAACGGGGGAGUCGCGGCCGCCACCGCCGCGGGCAUGAGCGGCCCUCACGGCCUGUGCCAGCUGUGCGGCGAGGCGCUGCCCGCAGACUUCGUGGCGCUGCGCAACCACGCCAAGCGCCACAUGGACAAGCAGUCGCUCAUGUGCAUGAGCUGCAGCGCGCAGUGCAAGAGCUCCUCGUCCCUCACCGUGCACGUGCUGCGCCACAUGGGCAUCUACCUGUUCGCGUGCGACACGUGCGGGAAGCGCUACCCCACCAAGUGGCAUCUGGACGAGCACAGGCGUGCGCACGAGCAGCAGCAGCAACAGCAGCAGCAGCAACAGCAGCAGCAGCUGCACCAACAGCAGUUGCUGCACCACGCGGCCGUCAGCGCAAGCAGCAUCGGCAUCAGCAUCGGCGGAGGUGUCGGAAGCAGCAGCAACGGCGGUGGCCACAGCAUAAAGCAGCAGCAGCAGCAGCUGGAAAGGAGCCAGGAGGAGAACAAUCUGCUGUCGAGUUGGCUGGACGCGCAGUACGAGUACGGGGACUACUUCGGGCACCUGGCGGCGAGGGCGGCCGCGGCCGCGGCCCCGGGCCACGCGCUCUGCCACCACCACCACCAGCUCCCGCAGGCCGGGGUGCAGGUGCAGGUCGCGGCCGCCGCGGCGGCGGCCGCAGCCGCGGCGGCCGCAGCGGGUGGACACCCGGCCCCGCUGCACCAUCACCUGCACCAUCAUCACCACCAACCUGUGCAGCAACUGCAGCAACUGCAGCAACAGCAGCAACAUCAGCUUCAACAGCAGCAGCUUCAACAGCAGCAGCAGCAGCUUCAGCAGCAACAACAGCAACAACAGCAACAACAGCAACAACAACAGCAGCAGCAGCCCACCCGGCUGUCCAGAGCGGCUGUUUGCGCUGACCUCUCGCCGCGGCGGGAGAACGGAGCAGCCUCCGUCGCGUCGGCCCCGGGGGCCGUGCCCGCGCCCUUGCCCGCGGGGCCCGCCCGUGCCGGCGUCGGCACCGCCACCCCCCGCGGGGCCGCCCCCACGCGAAGGCGGCGGCGGCGGUGGCGGCGGAGCGACCUCCUCCUCGACCUCGACGCCCUCCUCAUCCUCGUCGGGGGCGCGCGCCGCAUGCCAGAUCUGCGGCAAGGAGCUGCUGGCCGAGUUUGCAUGCGUGCGCGAGCACGCCAAGCGGCACCACGUGGACAAGAGCAGCCUCACGUGCACGUGCUGCGGCCUGCGCUGCAAGACCUCCUCGGCGCUCACCAUCCACGUGCUCAAGCACGUGGGCGUGCUGCUGUUCGCGUGCGACGUCUGCGGGAAGCGCUACACCACCAAGUGGUAUCUGCAGGACCACCGGCGCGCGCACGAACGCGCCGGGGAGGUGCACGGGGCCACGCCGCCCGUGCACCACCAGCAGCAGCAGCACCAUCACCCGCACCUCGUCGGCGCGCAGGAGGCGCGAUGUGCGGCGGGUCAGAGGGGUCUCCCUUCCAUCUAGACCCUAACACCCCCCACCACUCUCCCUGUCACCCUCACCCCUCCCCGCAUCUCCCCCCCCCCCGUCCCUCUGCCGUCUCACACCACUUCACCGUGCGCUGCAUAAAGUUUACACGGCUACACACGCCACGACGCAGCCACACGGACCCUGAUGGUGGUGAUGGUGUUGAUGGUGGUGGUGGUGAUGGCGGUGAUGAUAUCAGCUCAGCGACGCUGCUCGGGGGCCGUGUAGUGACUCCACUGCGGCCCGCCCGUGAACCCUUGGUCCAACAUUUAUACACGACGCUAGCGGUUACUUAUAUCCUGCAGUGUUUGACAUGAUUGUCACCAACACUUGUAUACGAUGUAACGUCUUAUCAUUAUUCUUAUAUUAUUAUAUCCUGUAUCGUAUCCGCGCUUGGCUUUAAGACGCGCGUGGGGAGGCAGUGGCUUAGCCCCUUAUUCCGCUGACCCGAGGAUUGACGGGGCCACGGUAAAGUUCCUUCACCUUAACAUUUGACCCUGGAACCACGCAGGGUCAUCACCAAGAAGCCUCCUCGAGUCCCGUCCGGUGCUGGUGGAGGGGAGGCUGCCGUAACCCCCCUCGUCGCGGGGUAAUUGCCAGGGCGCGUGACUCCUCCUCGAGCUGUAAUUACUCAUUAAGUCAUUAGCGAGGGGGGCGACCCCCCUCCUCCCCACGAGCGCCCGCGGCUCCACGCGCCGCCCCCCCCGCCUCGCGGGCGAAGCCUGAACCCUCGACCCGCGCGCGGUACUCGGGGGGGACACGCUCGGGGGAUGCACGGAGAUCGACGCAUAGAGAAAGGCGCACGUGUCCCAUGGAGACACAGGCACAUAGACACAUCGAGGACUAGGGAUGAGCAAGACAACACGACGCAUUGGCACGGGCGCACACGGCGAGAACACGGACACGCGGCAACCUACGGAUACAGAACCACCAACACAGACGCAGACAUACAAAUACACAGGCGCAGCUACACACGCACUACAGCUGCACGCACAAAGAUACACACACACAGAUACACAGAUACACGAGCACUCGUACCCACCCAGAUAUACACGGGCACACACGCAGUGAGGCCAUCAAACAGCCGCACACAACCACAUAGAUGCUGUGUGCAGACACACGCGGACACGCCACACAAAGACGCACACGACCGCAGAGACACACGUGCUGUACACACACUCCUGAUAACCUUAGGCUAUAUCAGAGUUGCGCGUUCAGAAAGAUACUUGCACAAAGACACGCAGACAUACAGAGAACCACAGACGCACGCUGUUCACAGAGACGUGAUGUACACACAGAGACACACACGGACACUUACGCGCGUGUGAGGAGUUGAGGUCGGGGCAGCUGUGGUCGAUGUUGGUUUCGAGGCCCCUUUUGUAUCCCCGACUUGCAAAAUAGCAAUAAUGCCGGCAGCACCUCCCACACAGCUGCAGCACUGCGCGAAUCCCUCACCGGCUACCAAAGGCGUUCACGUGCCCCCCACCCCUUCUCCACCCCUCCACCGACGUACCGUGUCAAGUGGCGGCCGCACGCGCGUAGUUCAGGUGGCCCCACCACCUGCAGGGCGCAGGUGAGCGCGCAUGCGUUGCGUGUCGUGCCGCGGGUGACCGCGCGCGCCUGCACGUUCGGGGCUGACCGCGCGUGGUCGAUGCGGGUGACCGCGCGUGCGGUUUCAGUGACCGCGAGCCUCGGGUGCGAUCACACGGCGUGUAGAGCGCGCACUCCCUCCCUCCACUCUCCUCCCCCCACUCUCCUCCCCCCACUCUCCUCCCCCCACUCUCCUCCCCCCACUCUCCUCCCCCCACUCUCCUCCCCCCACUCUCCUAUCUCUCGCUCCCGGUGCGGUGCUAAGUAGAGCCGCGUCCCCUCCUCCCCCGCGCUCGCUCCCGCGUCCAGCUGCCUUCCCCGUGUCGCGUCGCGGGGGGUCUCAACGUCGCGUUGCUCCCGAGGGCGCAGAAGGGGGUAAACCGGCGUGCCCCGCGUGUCCCCCGGGGGCUGCGUGGACACGGCGUGGACACGAGAGUGCAAAAUAAGCUAUAAGCGUGUAAUGAGACACCACCGGUGUAUAAACGGCACUCAUAACUUUUGACACUCGCAUUGCAAAGCUUUUGGAGUUGCGCAUCCUCGUCACGCACCUUGAUACAGACGGUCACUCAGCUGAUUCUCGUUACGCCGGACCUGAUGUUAGCUGUUAAUUUAAAAGGAACAAGGGGCGCUUUUAAAUGAUUAGUUGAAGCGUAGCAGUACUUUCCGAGAUCGUGUAUCCAUUUACAUCUUCUGUUCAUGUAUCCAUGUUAUCAGCAAGCAUAGCUAAAUGAUUUGGAAUCCGACAUCUUAUAUAUUUAUGGUACAUAUUCAUGGCAUUUCGAGACUGUUGGAUAAUUUGUGUUUAAUAAAAAGAGUUCCAUAAUUAUUAA